UUUUCUGCACAGCACAGACUUUUCUGUAGUUAGCAGGUAGUUACAUCUUUGCUAUUUGCAGUUCUUUUCUGGAUUUAAAACACAAUAGGAGAAGAUAUUUAUAUACCGUAAUUGCUGACCUACAACAGAAACUUAAAUCACCAACAGAAGAAAGGAAAUCUAUAAGUUUCAUGUUCCAUUAAAGGUCAGACUACGUAUUCAAAUGAACACUGAAGACACAACUUUGUGCUGUCUUUAAAAUCAAUAUUUUGUAGGCUGUUAACAUGGAAGCCAUGGCAAACUCUCCAAGCCCUCUGGAACCCCCCAUCCCUGCUUUGUUGAAGGAUGACAAGUACCAUUUGUUUAUUAGCUGCAGCAGUGGAGAUUCUAUCUGGGUCUACGGUCUUAUUCGUAAAUUAGAAGAUACCUUCCCUAUCCUGAAGAUCUGUUAUCACGAAAGGGACUUUCUCCCAGGGAAGACCAUCAUAGACAAUAUGGUUGAGAGCAUACAAAGCAGCCAAAAAAUCCUGAUGGUUUUGAGCCCAGAUUUUGUACGCAGUCGCUGGUGCCUCUUUGAAGCUAAUCUCUCCUUCUUCCGAGAUUGUAUGGGACACAAAGCCAUCAUUCCCAUCAUGCUCAGGCCAUGCCCAAUGCCCCUUCAUCUCAGUCACUUGACUUACCUGGAGGCAGAAGAUGAACAGUUCUUUGACAAACUGUGCCAGGUCAUUUUGACUGCUAAUGAUCAAAUGAUUCAUUGUAGCUUGGUUCAUUAUCAGUCGCCUUUGUUGUACAGUGGAAAGGCAAUUCUCACUCUGAAUCCUGUCAAUGAAGACAGAGAACCUUGGCAGCUUGCAGUUUUCUCCAAUUCUGUCCCUGACUCACUGAGAGUAUUUGUGGAUGAUGAUGACCUUUAUAAGGAAGCUGUUGAUAUAGUUAACAGUGCAACAAUUUCCUUUUCUUGCCUACGAUUUAUGGCCUGUAAAGUGUUUCUUUGUAUUAUCUUAAUUUUAAUAACAGGUUUUUGUAUUGUUUUUUUUAUUGCAGGUACUAUAAAUGAACCACCUUUAAGAGAAGAUUUAAUGGCAUUAUUACUUUUACCAGUUGCUCUGACUGGAGUGAUCUUAAUGCCAACUUUAUUCAUUAAAGUUGUACGUUGGAAUAAAGUUAAUGUUAGGAAAAUUACAAAGCAGAUGGUCCUGAAGACAGGAGAGGCAAACCUCAUCUUGAUGAAGACCUCUCUCUUGGCUGGGUACUCUGUCACAGCUCAGUUGUUCUUUGUCUAUGUCUCCUUACAGCAAUGCAGAGAGACAUUUGAGAUAACCUUUGGCAGUGACAGUGUCUUGGCUACAAAGAUGUGGAGAAAAGCCAUUGUUAAUUACUCUUCGGAUUACACCUGUUGUUUGGCCAAGAAACAUUUUCCUUUAAAUUGUGUUGACUCCCCUGGACACCAGGAAGGGUGUGUAUGCUUCUGUCAGUAUGUAACUACACAGUUAAAAUCAGGGUAUUGACCCAUAGUAAAUGUAUAUAUGAUAUAUGAGCAAAUUAAGUGUUAUAAUUGGUAUGGAUGCAUUAUAUUUACUGUUUAAUUUAAGAAAAACAAUUCAUUGGAAAAUAAAAACAAUUCAUCAUC